CAAUCCCCGGGAGUUUUAGCGCGCACACAUAUAUAAGCCGCCCGCAGCCGCCUGCGCCUCUUCUUAGCCCUCGUUUUCGCCGCCUCAUCAGCCGCCGCCGCCGCUGCAACCCCAGCUCGCCGAUCGCCAUGGCCCGGAUCAAGGUGCACGAGCUGCGGGGUAAGAGCAAGGCGGAGCUGCAGGCGCAGCUCAAGGAACUCAAGGCGGAGCUCUCCCUCCUCCGCGUCGCCAAGGUCACCGGCGGCGCCCCCAACAAGCUCUCCAAGAUCAAGGUGGUGCGCACCUCCGUCGCGCGCGUGCUCACCGUGAUCUCGCAGAAGCAGAAGGCGGCACUGCGGGAGGCGUACAAGAACAAGCUGCUUCCGCUCGACCUCCGCCCCAAGAAGACCCGCGCCAUCCGCAGGCGCCUCACCAAGCACCAGCUCUCCUUGAAGACUGAGAGGGAGAAGAAGCGUGAGAAGUAUUUCCCCAUGAGGAAGUAUGCUAUCAAGGCCUAGAUUAGCACAAACAUGUUUUACCCCUGUCAAGUUUUGCCCAGAAGUUCCUUAAAUUUGAUGAAUGAACAUCUAUUGUCACCUAAGUACCAUGUAGCUGAUCAACUGCAUUAAAAUGUGUACUUUUUGCUUGUUGA